UAACGUUACACAUCACAUAUCCCAGCAGCUAACUUAGCUAAAGCUAGGCUAACUAGCUGCUACAGAGUGACAUGUAGUCAACUUUACAACCAGUCUCAAUGAAGGAGCUUCCACAGUGAUUUGGACAUGGAGAUAAGAAAUAUCAAAGACCAGUCUCCAUUGGUCCAGGCUAUUUUUAGCCGAAACACAGAAGAAGUGAAAUUUUUAUUGGACCAUAAUGAAGAUGUCAAUUCUUUGGACCAAGAACAAAGCUCACCCCUUCAUGCUGCCGCCUAUUCGGGGGAUGUCCAAACUAUGGACCUACUUAUUACUUCUGGUGCAAAAGUCAACGCUAAGGACCGGGGUUUGCUGACUCCCUUACAUCGAGCAGCAGCCUCUAGAAAUGAAAAAGCUGUUGAACUGUUACUGAAGCACGGAGCAAAGGUCAACCCUCAGGACAAGUACUGGCAUACACCUUUACACAUGGCAGCUGCAAAGUGGGCCACAGGCUGUGCGGAAGCUCUGAUACCACACAUGUGCAGCAUGGAUGUUGCUGACAGGUCAGGGAGGACGCCACUGCAUCACGCAGCGCACAGCGGCCAUGAAGAGAUGGUGAACUUGCUCCUUAAAAAAGGUGCCACUGUGAGUGCCAAAGAUAAGAAGGAAAGGCAGGCAAUUCACUGGGCUGCAUACCUCGGACAUGUGGAUGUUGUUAAGCUUCUUGUGUCAAACGGUGCGGAUGUGACGUGCAAGGACAAACACGGUUACACUCCGCUCCAUGCUGCAGCUGCCAGUGGACAGUUAGACAUGGUCAAAUACCUGUUGAGACUGGUGGUGGAGACUGAUGAACCUAACACCUUUGGGAGCACAGCGCUGCACAUGGCCUGUCACACGGGGCAGGACGCUGUGGCCUCUGAGCUGGUCAACUGUGGUGCCAACAUCAAUCUGCCCAACCACCAUGGCAGCACGCCACUACACCUGUCUGCCGCCUCUUCCAGCGGGGUGCUGUGUCUCGAGCUGCUAAUUAACAACGGUGCUGAUGUCAACGUGCAGAAUAAAGAAGGGAAAAGCCCUCUGCAUAUGGCCGCAAUGCACGGGCGCUUCACAGGCUCUCAGAUUCUGAUCCAAAAUGGUGGGGAGAUCGACUGCGCUGAUAUGUUUGGAAACACCCCUCUUCAUGUUGCUGCCAGAUAUGGUCAGGAGCUGCUGAUCAGCACUCUGCUGACCAACGGUGCUGAUAAGACCCAACAGGGUAUUCAUGGGAUGCUUCCACUGCAUUUGGCAGCGCUCUACGGAUAUCCAGACUGCUGUCGAAAGUUAUUGUCCAAUGGCCAGUUUUACAUCAUGCCGUCUCAAGUGCCGUCAGCAGGGGAUGAUAUUAACGUCUUAGACGACCAUGGAAGGACCUGCCUGCAUGCAGCUGCCUCUGGAGGAAAUGUAGACUGUCUGAACUUGCUGUUGAAUAGUGCCAAUGCCGAUCUGGAUGCAAAGGAUCAUUUGGGGCGAUCUCCUCUGCACUACACUGCAGCUAACGGGAACAGCCAGUGCACCAUCUCCAUGGUGAGAGCCGGCGCUGCUGUCAAUGAGCUGGACCUGACGGGCUGCAGCCCCCUGCACUACGCCGCCGCUUCACACACCUUUUGUGGGGGGGAGACGAACUCUGAGUCUGAACACAGUGAGGGAAAGGAACACGAAGCCUCUCUGUGUUUAGAUUUCUUGCUUGACAGCGGGGCAAACCCAACUCUGAAGAACAGUAAGGGUUACAGCGCCGUCCACUAUGCAGCAGCAUAUGGGAACAAACAGCACCUGGAACUGCUCCUGGAGAUUUCAUUCAACUGUCUAGAAGAGGUUGAGAGUAAUAUUCCAGUCAGUCCUCUGCACUUAGCUGCGUAUUAUGGUCACUGUGAUGCACUGCGUUUGCUUUGUGAGACCCUUGUGAGUCUGGAUGUGCGGGACAUUGAAGGCAGGACGGCCCUCCACCUGGCCGCUCAGAGAGGCUUUGCCCCGUGUGUGGAGGUGCUGCUGAAGCACCAAGCCUCUUUCUCCCUGAAGGAGCAGAAGCGCAGGUGGACGGCUCUCCAUGCUGCAGCUGCUGAAGGCCACAUGGACUGUUUGCUGUUAUUGGUCAAUGAAGAACAAAGUGCUGAAGUCAUCGACAGUCCUGAUACACAGGGAAAGACGGCUCUCAUGCUUGCAGCUCUGGGAUGUCACACCGACUGUGUCCACAUCUUGUUGGAGAAAGGAGCAAAGGCUGACUCUGCGGACAAGAAGGGCUUCACUGCAUUACACAGAGCUGCGAUGUUAGGCAGUGAGGACUGUGCCUCUGCUCUGUUGGAGCACGGGGCCUCUGCGCUGUGUAGAGACUCUCAGGGAAGGACCCCGCUGCACCUCGUAGCGUCCCGCGGCCACGCAGAGCUGCUCCGGACUCUGCUGAAGGCUGCUGUGAAAGCUGACCCUCUGGACUCCAUACUGGACUUCAGAGGCUACACGCCCACACACUGGGCUGCUCACUACGGGCAUGAAGGAUGUUUACAGAUUUUACUUGAGAACAAGCUUUUUAGCAACCAGGAGGGACAUUUCUUCACUGCAUUGCACUGUGCUCUAGUAAAUGGACAUGACGUUGCUGCUGGACUGAUAGUGAAGACUGUUGGCCCUCAAAUAGUUAAAGUUAGCGAUGCCAAAGGAAGGACCCCAUUGCAUGCGGCUGGUCAUUCAGGAAACGUUGCCGGGCUCCAGCUGGUCCUGGAUCAGGGAGCGGACAUCAACGCUGUGGAUCUCUGUGGAUGCUCUGCAGUGAUGGUUGCUGCUGACUGUGGACAGACUCAGGCUGUUGAGUUCUUGCUGCACAAAGCGAAGCCAGACCUGACGCUGGUGGAUGUCAAUAGUAACACUGCCCUUCACUUAGCCUGCAGCAAGGGUCAUGAGAUGUGUGCCCUGUUGAUCCUCGGAGAGAUCAACGACUCUUCCCUCAUAAAUGCAGCAAACGACACUCUCCAAAUGCCUCUUCACAUAGCAGCAAGGAAAGGCCUGACCACUGUAGUGCAGGUGUUAUUGGGCAGAGGAGCCGCGGUGAUGGCUGUCGAUCAGGAAGGCCACACACCGGCUCUUGCUUGCGCCCCAAACAAGAAUGUGGCGGACUGUCUCGCCCUGAUCCUCUCCACCAUGAAGCCUUUCCCCCCCAGAGAGGCCGGCACCGGUACAGCCUCUCAUUUCAGCCCCAUCCUGAAGAACUGCGGCAUCACUGCCAGCUGUGGGUCCAGCGGUAACCUCUGUCACGCCUAACACAGCAGCCGCAUGUCCUGUAGGCGUGUCACCAUAAUUACUGCUGCUUUACAAGAUAUCGCUGAUAUAAUUGUCAUUUUAAGACCAUUUUAUGCCACUUAUAUAAUGACGAUAUAAAAGCAUAAUAAUGCAAGUAUCCCAUUUUAAAGAGCAAUGGAGUAAAUUGAGAAUUAAGAAUUCAAACAUAAACUAAAACCACACAACCCAAAAAAAAAAAAUGAAAUUGACUCUCGGGCUCAGCAUACAAAAUUGCACUUAAAUUAAUAUAGAACAUUUGGCACGGGGGUAUAGAGAAUAGUUCAUUCCUUAGCUUAAACCCAAAAUGUUCCCACACCAGAGCUUUAUAGUGCAACUUUGAAACCAAGUCUAUUUGGAUCUUUCGUCUUAUUCUUUCAAACCUUUUUGUCUGGUCAGUAGACGUCAGGAAAAACACCAACAAGCCUCGAAAUGUACCUACCCGUGUGUGUGUGUGUGUGUGUGUGUGUGUGUGUCGCUGUGUGACGGAAACAACCUCAACCAACAUUUUUUUUUUUUCUGUUUACAGAAUUGGGGCUUUGAAUUCUUAUAAGGGUCGGAAAAAGCGUGUUAUUUUGGCAUCAUGUUAGCUAAAAUAUUAAUGUCCACCUUAUGAUAACAAAUAUGCAUGUUAACACAAGCGGCAAAAUCAAAGUCGGCAAGAAUGAUCAAAGACAUGUCCAUAUAUCAUACGAUAAGCUUCUAAUGUAAUUACGCAAGAGGCCUUAGUGGGCUGUGGGCAGGUGUACAAUGGAGUGAAAUUUCACUCUGGUGUAACACAAAGUCUAUACACACACACACGUCCAGGAUCAUGCCUCGUUUCUUCUCUAGCACGUGAUGACAGCUGCCUGCACAUUAUGUGCUUAUGCACUAGCAGCAUCGAUUGCUUCUCUAAAAUCUAGUCUUACACAUUACUAAUAUUAGCAGACCUCUUAGAUUAUAUAUAUGCCACGUGAGUUGAGUUUAGCACACGCGUAUGUUAUUUUAAUGAAGUACUAACCAUUUGAAUGAGAGGGAGUUUUCACAUGAGCACACGACACAUCCUCUCCACUUGAAUCCCGUCCGCUGUCAGUAUUGGGGCAAAGUCUCGUUAACCAGCAAAGCCUGAAAUCUGCAUGUUUGUCUUCAGAUGAUACACGUGCAAGAGUACUCGGAUGGUUGUGUGGUAGUGUUGCGUGUGUGUGAGCUAUUUUGCAUAUUAGACAUUGCUUCCUAAUAUACUUGUUUAAAAAAAAAAAAUAGGUGCUUUAAACCUUUUAUGCAAUUAAUAGGACUAUUUUUCUAUCCUAUCGUGAGUGUAGCAGACAGUAAGCUGAUAUGAAAAACCUUAUUAUUCUAAUAUUAUCAUGAUUUAUACAAGUUACAUUUCAGUUUAGUAAAGUCACAAGCAUGUCUAUAGUAGUAGUUAUAUAGUUUACAGAGUCUAGUGUAUAUAUAGUUCUAACUUUGUAUACGUUUAAAUGAAGCUAACCUUUUAAUUGUGUUAUCCUGAAAAUCCCAAAUUAUUGAGAAUUAACCUCAGGUCUGCGUACUGUACUGUGGGUGCAAUAAAAAGCAUAUUUGAGCUAUACGUUGCAUAACAAAUGUAUGACGGGAGUAUCACAUAAGCCAGAUAUGAAAAAUGUCUAUAUGAACCAUUGAAAGCACAGGAAAAAAAAAAUAUUUCAGUCUCUGAGCUUAACAAUCUUUAGCAAAUGUGUCAUUUCAUUUUCUUUUUCAAUAUCUUUAACUAGAGAUUCAUUUCAUUAUUGAUUUAGUUUUGAAUAGUUUAUUUUUUUCAUGAUUAAGUUCACAUUAAGUUUUAAAAACCCAAGUUGACACCUUUUGAAAUGUUUUCUUCGUCAGCAGUCUAAAACCCAAAGAUAUUUAAUUUCCAUGGAUUUCAAAAUAACAAGAGCAGCAAAUCCAACAUCUUUAAGAAACUGUAACCAGAACAUUUUUGUUUGACAAAUUACUAAAAAAUGUUUAUAAUCAAAUUGCCAAUUAAAUAUUUAGUUGGUCAACCUGUAAAUUAAAUGUUUCAGCAAUUGUUUGUAAAUCUAUUGUCAUUAUAAUGUUAUCAGUGUGCAGUUAACUUUGGGAAAAUAAACCACUUGCAUCUAAGGACUCUAACAAUCACUGUGAAACACGAAGAAAUAUAAAAGUAUAUUAUUGAAUACAUAACAGCAUUUAACAGUUAUUUAUUAAUAGUUUUUCACCUUUUAAAUAAAUCAGCAAUAAAUUGAGGUUUGCUUUCAAUAUUUGUUUCCUUUUUAUAUUUUGACAGUUGUGCACACACAGACUUAGAUAUUUGCUAAAUUGUAUUUUUCCCUAGUAAAAUGUACUAUGUUAUCUAAAGAUGGCUUUAAACUAUUUGCACUCCGACAUUAAAGUUUACAUAGUGUCCUUAGGUUUAUGCAAAUAUACAACAUUUAAAAGUGCAUUUUACAACGUUACCUUUCAUGAGACACUAAAUCAAUUGGGGCUUUUUGUUUCAUUUGAGAAAAUGGUUUGACAUUUCUAAAUGCAAGCACAGUGAAAUGAUUAAUGUUUGUCUUUAGCAAGUGCUCUUUCCCAAACUGUGUGUCUUCUGUACUUUUUACUGAGAUUUCAGGGUGUAUCUCCCAGCUUGAGUACUCUGUGAUCUAGUUGUGGAUGGCAUUGAUAUGAGAGAACAUAAAUAAAUCACUUCCACGAGA